GUGAUACCAAAAUUAACGCUUCUGAGCGGGAAGCAACGACAUUGUCAAGCCCCUACAUUCUCCAGUACAGCAGACAUAUCAAUACCUAUAGUUAAAGACUAUACGGAAGAGAAUCUAUUGUGCUACUUGAAGUAAUACUUCUCAUUUCGAAAAAAUGUCUUCAGAGGAACAGCUCAACACUCUCGUUGAAUCCGGGAUAACGAUGCCCUCCGACUCAGAGCAAUACUCUCGCAAUGAAGAUGAAAGUUCUCCUUCACCAUCCUCAUCAGAUUCUCCACAGAUGAUUCUUUACUCCCCUCCUACAAUCUGGGGAUUGCUUCGAGGUGCCGCGAUCAAUCUUGUCUUGCCAUUUGUGAAUGGACUAAUGCUGGGAUUUGGAGAGCUAUUCGCCCACGAAGCUGCGUUCAGGUUGGGAUGGAGUAACACCAAGGUUUUCCCACUCACACGAAGAUCUGUAGGACCAGGGAUUGAAGUCAGAGAUAGUCCAAUUGAACGCAAGAGCAGAGAAGGCAACUUGGACGACUUGACAAGCUUGGAAUGAAGGAAAGAUCACAUAGAACGUAUACAAGACAAUGGCGUUUGGAGUUAUGGCCGACGCUUUUCUGGAAAGAAGAGCAAACAGGGCAUGGCGAGCAUUUCAAGAAUGGAGAGAUGCAGCAAGCUCAAGCAAAUCUAGCAGAGCUGCUGAGGAGAUCUGACAGCACAUAGAUGUGAUUCUUGCCGGUUCAUGGGAAACGAAUAAAAGAAUUGGGUGAAAACUGAUCGUACAUCAAUCUAUCCGUAGCCCAUCUCACAAACCAUACCACAAACUCAUAAAUUUACCACACAGAUAGAUCAAUUUAUGACAGCAAACCCAAAUGUAUAGUUCUACGAGUGAAUAUCUUGACA